CCGUCGUCACGGCUCCACCUGGGAAGAUCUGAUUACCGGAAGUGAGCGCUCCUGUUGUCACCUGUGUCUCUCAGACUCCACGGACCGAGAGCAAACCGGGUAGUGGGACUUCUAGAAAAAGAAGAAAAGAAACAAAGAGGGGGAAAAAAGACGGAACUCAGUUUCUUUCACGUGAAGAUAACUUUUUGGAAUAUUUUUCUUCGUACUCUUGAGCAGAAAUCCCGGAGAGGACCGAGGUGUGUGUUAGAAAACAGCGAGGAAACAUGAGGCUCUUUGGGUCGCUGCUUUUGUUCCUGUGCGCCGCGACAGGUGUAAGCAGCUUUUCAGUCACAACUAAAGCUGAUAAAGUGAAAGUGAAAGAAAAUGAAGGUGCGGACCUGACCUGCUCCUAUUCCGCAGACUUUGGUAAUAGUCCCAGGGUAGAGUGGAAAUUCCAAGACAAAGGCAAAGUGAAAUAUGUGAUUUAUGAUGGAAAACCAACGAGUGAUUAUACCAGUCGUGUUUCGAUGUAUACUGGCAGUAAUUUGAGAUUCUCCAAAGUGACUCGUCAGGAUAACGGCAUCUAUAUCUGCGAGGUGUCCAGCUCUAUCGGCGUAGCACAACAAGUCCUUGUGGAGCUGACUGUUCUGGUGCCACCCUCUACACCCAAGUGUGGAAUCCCCCAGACGGUGACCACAAACAAACCCGCCACCCUUACCUGCUACGAUCCCGACAGUUCACCUCCCCCUACACACAAGUGGUUCAAAGACAACGUUCCCAUGCCCGAAGACCCAAGCAAGAUUUCUGCCUUCAAAAAUGCAACCUACAAGCUGGAUAUAAAAAAUGGAAAUCUGGUGUUUCCUUCGGUUACUAAGAUGGACUCUGCGAUGUACUACUGCGAGGUGAGCAACGAGGCCGGUCCGCCCCAGCGCUGCCAAGGGGUUAGAAUGGAAGUCCGUGACUUAAAUACUGGAGGAAUUGUUGCUGGGGUAAUAAUUCUCCUGCUGCUCGUGGCUGCCGUAAUAGGUGGUGUUUGGUACGCCAACAAGAAAGGAUAUCUGCCCAAGAAAAGUCAAAGCAAACAGCCAUCUGCAGUCUACCAGCCUCAAUCGAUGUAUGGGGAUGGUGAAGAAGAUGAUGGGGAUUUCAAACAGAAGUCGUCAUUUGUGGUGUAGCAGCUGUUGGCAAAUUCUGCAUUCAAUUUUCAUUUUUGUGACUUUCUUCCCCCCUCGUACCUGGAUUUUCAGGGCAGUUUUUUAUGAGCUAAUGUGAUACACUUCAGACAAUGAUUCCACUGUCACACAUGAGAUUUUAUUGAGAUCUUUUACUAACAAGGAAAUGUUUUGUACAUUUAUAGGUUUAGGUUAAAGUGGGCCUUUAGCUUAUUUUUUUAUCUGCCAGCAUUUUUUGCUUAUGAUUAAAGUAAUUGUGUGCUUUGUUUCCUAAAUUAUUUUUUUUCAUUGAUUUUUGCAUGUAAAAAUAUCAUGUAGUACUAAUUAAAGAGCACAUUCUUGCAGUCUACAAAAACUCCCAGGGCUACACAUUAGACAGCUAAACUAACCUUAUCUUUGCUUUAUAUUACAUUUACUGUCAAUCACCUUACAUUGUAUAGCUUACAUUGUAAGCUAUACUGUUUAAGCCUUUUGUAUAUAUUCAAUUUUUCUUGAACAGUACUUUUUUAUUUUGAGAUUUCUUUGUAUUUACAAAAAGGACUGGUGAGAAAUGGAAACAUUCAGUAGUUGGCCCUGAGUUUUAAAUUUCUCACUUAGUUUUUGAAAAUUGUAGCUAUGCAUCAAAUUUCAACCAGCAGCAUCCACUUAAAAUUAGUCUUGGUGCAUGUUUGACCUAAUAUUGCAUCCUGUUUCUAGCUCUGGUAACUGAAAUGGCAAAACGUUUUGGAUUCGUUAAAGUCUUAAAGUGGCUUAGAGGUCUUGGCACAUAUCAUUACCUUCAUAAAAACAAUCCAUUCUUAAAUAGGGAACAGUUUGUACUGUAUUUUCUGUAAUGAUUUUACAGCUGUUAUGUAUUGUUUAUGUAUAAAAUAAAAAAGUUGUUGAAUUAAAAUGUAAAAAA